AUGGAAACAUUCGAUCGAUCCUGUGUCUCGUCGAUCCUAAUCACCGGCUCUGAAGAAAAACUCAAGGUUGGAGUCGAGGUAAAUCUGGAAGAGUAUCAGGACAAACGUUUGAUCUUACAGAUCAUCGUAAUCGUCACAGUUUCCAUAACUUUGGCUGUGCCAACGCAAUACCAAUAUCAUGGACCACCGGCGCCCAUAGGCCACGACGGGAGAGUCGUGGAUACACCGGAAGUGGCACAUGCCAAAGCGGCGCAUCUCGCCGCCGUGGCGGAAGCCGCCUUGAGGGUUCCGCACAGCGUGGCUUCCUACGCGGAAAAUCGGAACUAUCACGGAUAUUCAAAGCCCGUAUCGCUCGGUCAUCAAAACUACCACAGCGGACGCGGAUAUCACGGACCACCUGCUCCGUUAGAUCGCGAUGGUCGUGUAAUAGACACGCCGGAAGUGGCCCGAGCGAAAGCUGCGCAUUUGGCGGCUUACAAUCACAUAGCUUCCUCAGUACCUGUCUCAUACGAUCAUUCGCAGAUUUACAAGCCAUCGGUUUAUAGCCACGGCUAUCACGGCGACACGUCUCAUAAUGAUAGAGCAAUUAAUGAUUACAACGAUUAUUGAUUUUGUCAAUCAAAGGGACACGAAUGCAAUAUGACUAUAAGCUGAUUCUUUUACGAUUAAUUGGCGACGACAUGCCAAAAAAAUUUAAUGGAAUUAUGAAAUUGACAUUGACUACGCAAUUGGAGAAUGUGCCUUAAAUUUAUACAGAGUAGUAGUUUGCUAUACAAUAUAUUCGAGUUUCGUGAUACGUUGUAAAUCAGUUGUAAAUCACCUUACGUCAUCAGCUUUCAGACUGAAUUGCAUGUUUCACGUACUGACUCGUUAUCUAAAACGUAUUUUAGCUUGUAAGAAAUAUAAAACAUCCUGUUGUUA